CAGAGAGUCAGAGGCUGGGGCCAGAGCCAAGGGAGGGACUGCUCCUGGAGGACGGCGUCGCCACCUCUCCGAAGGGGGGACACGGAAGCUCGCGGAGAGACGGAGGAAACAGCGCCGGAGCGGGGCAAGCGCCUACCAAAGGCCCUGCCCCUCUCGUACCGGUCCCUGGACACCUCCUUGGGGUGCGAGUUCAAACUGUGCCUCCCGCGCACUUUCCCUCGAGCGCCACCCGCGCAGCGGCAGCACUGGGUCUGCGCACCGACCGCCGCGGCCGGUCGCCCGCCAGCUGCCCCGCCCCGGGGGUGGGGGCCCGGUUGUCCCGCCCUGCGCGGCCCUGAGGGCGGGACCGCAAGGCCUUCCGGCGACGGGGCGGCGGCGAGCUGAGUGUCCUUUUGCCGUGGAGGGGCCGCGCGGAGCGGGCUGGAGCCUGGGGACACACAGGGCCGCGGUGAGCCCCAGAGACCCUCCCCCGCCUGCCUCCCGGAGCCCCGGCUCCUGCCGCGCCCCGGCCCAAGAGCGCUGGCCUCCGCCCCCACCCCACCCCCGCCCCCACCGCCCUGACCGCCCCGGACCACGCUGCGGCACAUAAGCCCCCUCUCCCAAGCCGGCCUUCCUGAGGACCAGCGUGGAAGACGGAGGCCUCCUCACUCCCCACUGACAGGCCACUCUGCUGAGCAAGGCUUUCCAUGGAGGAUGCCAGUGAGGACCCCACCAUAUUCACUGCCCAUUCUCUGCCCGGUGACCCCCGGCUCUUGGCCACCAUGACCAACACAUACCUGGGCACACGUGUGUAUCAUGACACACUGCAUGUGAGUGGCGUGUACAAUGGGGCUAGCGGGGACACACACCGGGCCGUUCUGCCAAGUCCCCUCAAUGUCCAGCUGGAGGUCCCUGGAGACACAGGAGAUCAGCUGACAGAGACCUUUGUCCUGGACACUAACACAGGCUCCUUUCUGCACACCCUAGAGGGCCCCAGCUUCCGGGCCUCCCAGCGCAUCUACGCCCACCGCGUGCUGCCUCACGUCAUGGCUUUCAGUGUGUCCAUCUCCCGUGUGGCCGUGGGGGACUGCCCCGUCACGGUGCUGCUGCGGUCCACCUUCUCCCCAGAAAGCCCAGACCUGGGCCUGCAUCUGGGUCCUGACUUCCAAGGAGCCCGGUAUCUUUAUGGCCGCACGCUAACCCCGGAGCAACCUGGGGGGUCCCAGCAGGAGGUACACAUGCUGUGGACACCAGUGCCCCCAGCCCUGACGCUUGGGGAGAGAGAGCAAGACCGGACCUGGGAGUUCCUGACUGUGGUUGGCGGCAGCCAGGCUGAGGCCCGAGCCUGCCUUACCGAGGCCUUGCGGCUGCAGACAAGAGGCACUCUGUACCCCACCCAUGCCCAGGCCUGGGCCCAGCUCUGGGCUGGCUGUGGCCUGGAUGUGCUAGGGCCCCUACCCCUGCGCCAGGCCUUGCGUGGUGCCCUCUAUUACCUGCUCAGUGCACUGCCCCAGCCCGGGGCCCCAGGAUACACCUGCCACGGCCUAAGCCCUGGGGGCCUGUCCAACGGGAGCCGAGAGGAAUGCUACUGGGGCCACGUCUUCUGGGACCAGGAUCUCUGGAUGUUCCCAAACAUCCUGAUGUUCCACCCAGAGGCCGCCAGGGCGCUCCUGGAGUACCGUGUCCGGACCUUGGGCGGGGCCCUAGACAAUGCCCGGAAGCUGGGUUACCAGGGAGCCAAGUUUGCCUGGGAGAGUGCAGGUUCUGGUCUGGAGGUCUGCCCUGAGGACAUUUAUGGGACGCAGGAGAUUCACAUCAAUGGAGCUGUGGCAUUGGCCUUCCAGCUGUACUACCAUGCCACCCAGGACGUGCAGCUCUUCCGAGAGGCUGGUGGCUGGGAUGUGGUCAGGGCUGUGGCUGAGUUUUGGUGCAGCCGAGUGGAGUGGAGCCCUGAGGAGGGAAUGUACCACCUGAAGGGAGUCAUGCCCCCCGACGAAUACCAUUCAGGAGUCAACAACUCUGUGUACACCAACGUGCUGGUCCAGAACAGCCUGCGCUUUGCUGCUGCCCUGGCCCAGGACCUGGGUCAGCCUGUCCCCAGCGAAUGGCUGGUAGUGGCUGAUAAGAUCAAGGUGCCCUUUGACCCGAAGCAGAACUUCCACCCUGAGUUUGAUGGGUACCAGCCUGGAGAGGAGGUGAAGCAGGCUGACGUCGUGCUUCUGGGUUACCCCGUCCCUUUCCACCUGAGUCCUCACAUUCGAAGGAAAAACCUGGAGAUUUAUGAGGCUGUGACAUCUCCAAGGGGCCCUGCCAUGACCUGGAGCAUGUUUGCCGUGGGCUGGAUGGAGCUGAAGGACCCCUGGCGGGCGCGGGACCUCCUGGAGAGAUGCUUUGCCCACAUAGCUGAGCCCUUCAAGGUGUGGACGGAGAAUGCAGACGGGUCGGGCGCUGUGAACUUCCUGACAGGCAUGGGGGGCUUCCUGCAAGCCGCACUCUUUGGAUUCACAGGGUUCCGGAUCACCAGCGCUGGCGUGACCUUCGACCCCAUAUGUCUGGCCGGGGUGUCUGGAGUGUGCAUCCGUGGCCUCUCUUACCAGGGGAACAAGCUGGACUUCUCCUUCUCCAAGGGCUGCGUGACAGUUGAGGUCAAAGCCCAGGCUGGACCCUGGGCCCCACCCCUGGAGGCUGAGCUGUGGCCAACACACACUCGCCUCCCCCUGCUCCCAGGGCACAAAGUCUCCUUUCCCUGCUCAGCUGGACGGAUACAAAGGUCAGUCCCAGAGGCAGCAAGUUCUGCUCCAAGAGUUUCCUAGGAGAAUUUUUGAAGAUGCUAGGCACCGGCCCCGAACCCACAGGAACCCCACGGGACACGGCUGGGUCCUCCAUCCCCACCAGGGCCCUCACCCUGGCGCCGUCGUGGGUCGUGAGCACUGCACCUGAACAACCUGGGCUGCGGGGCUGUCUCCUGGGUCCUCGGAUCUGGCCUCCCUCUGUGGGUACCCCCAGCUGGCUGCAGCCAGCCCCCACCCUCAUGGCCUGCUGAUCCCUUUCCUCCCACCUACUCUCCACCUGGCAGCCAGGCUCACAGGCUCCACGGAAAGUCUGAAUUCAUUGGCCCAAAGUUGAGGAUGGUCCGCCUCUAGCCUGAACCCCUCCCCAGCCUAACCCUCCUUGGCCUGCAGCUUUCUCGUGGCCUCCCACUCAGCCACAUCUGCACCUGCCUGUCUGGUCUGAUACCUGCACCUGUACCCUUCCCCAGGACACCCCAGGGUGGGGCCAGGGUGUGGCAGGCAGCUCUCUGGAGAAGGCAGAAAUGGGGAGAGUAGCCAGGGCGGGGAGCAUGAGGCACUCCCCCGUGGGUACCCUGGGACUCUCAGUUACAGACCAGAAAGGAACUUCAUGUCUCAUACAGACAAGGUCAGGCAUGGCUGAAUCCAGGUGCGCUCAGCUCCUCAGUGCAGGGCUCCUCCAGCCCUGCGGCAACUUCAGUGAGUCCCCGCCAUGAGCCUUUCCUCAGCUAAGAAGAGGGGGGGUGGGGUGCAGAACAGGACCCCACAUCUUCCCUCUGACCAGCCAGAAGGACUGGGGCCGAGGGUACGUGGGUUGAAGGCCACCGGCCUGGGCCCAUCUGUCCAACAGGCUGCCUCUCCGCCUAGGGCCUCAGCCCCUUGGUUGACACAUCCCCCUGGGGUCCUUGGGGGUUUCUUGGAGAAGGAGGUGAGAUGGUGCUGCUGCCAGGAUUUGGGUGAGGUCACCCACCUGCGCCAAGUCUGCCUGAGGAAUUAAAAUCCCACGCUGGGACAAGGGCGUCUGCCAUCAGGA